AUGACUACAGAGACUAAUUUGGACGGCAUCUUGCCACUCGUGGCCAGAGGUAAGGUUAGAGAUAUAUACCAGGUGGAUGACCAAACGCUAUUGUUUGUUGCUACCGACCGUAUUUCUGCUUACGAUGUUAUUAUGAAGAAUGCCAUCCCAGAAAAGGGUAUUCUUUUGACCAAACUAUCGGAGUUCUGGUUCAAUUUCCUAAAGGACGACGUGCGCAACCACUUGAAGCCCCUAGGUGCUGGAAAAACCAUCUUCGACUAUCUACCAAGCAAGUUGAGCGAAGAAAAAUACAAGUCGCAACUCGAAGGCAGAUCUUUGCUUGUACAAAAGCACAAGUUGAUCCCACUAGAAGUGAUCGUGCGUGGGUUCAUCACAGGUUCUGCAUGGAAGGAGUAUAAGCAGAAGGGUACUGUGCACGGGUUGCCACAACCGGAAGGACUACUCGAAUCGCAAGAGUUCCCAAAGCCUAUCUUCACCCCUUCUACAAAAGCGGAACAAGGUGAACACGACGAGAACAUUUCUCCAGAACAAGCUGCCCAAUUGGUGGGUCAAGAAUUAUGCGACAGAAUUGAGGUACUUGCUAUCAAGUUGUACACAAAGUGUAAGGAAUUUGCCAAGUCCAGAGGUAUUAUCAUCGCUGAUACAAAGUUUGAGUUUGGUAUUGACGAAUCCACUAACGAAAUAAUUCUUGUGGAUGAAGUGCUUACACCAGAUUCUUCCCGUUUCUGGAGCGGAAAGAACUACGAAGUGGGCAAGUCCCAGGACUCGUACGAUAAACAAUUCCUAAGAAACUGGCUAACUGAAAAUAAAUUGGCUGGUGUCGACGGUGUUGAAAUGCCUCAAGACAUUGCCGAACGCACAAGAGCCAAGUAUAUCGAGGCUUUUGAACAAAUUACUGGUGAAAAGUGGUCUAACUAA